AAAUAAUGAAACCUUUAAAAAUUAUUUAUUACAAAGUCGGUAGAGUGCAUUGAACAUAUUUUCAUCAAAAUUUGCUUAUAACAGGCUAUUUGUAAUGUUCAGAAGAGUUACGCAAUGGGUCCUACUGUAAAACUGAGGUAUCUCUACGCAAUAUUUAUGCCAAUGGUAAUGACGGAAGUUUUUGGACUAUAUUUGGACUACACAGAAUCUACUGAAUUCAUACAUCAGCGCGCUGGUUAUGACAUUCGAUUACACUGUGGUGUUGAAGGAUUGAUGGAUGAAGAACAGCUCGCAGAUAAAAAGAUCUAUUGGUUUUUUAAGUGUCGAGAAAAAACGUUCAUCGGCGAAAGCUGCCAUAAGUGGAUGCAGUUACCUUGUGAAGAAAACUUUUGCCAAUCAGACUUGUUGCUCCACAAUGUCACUGAGGAGUAUUCUGGCUUAUAUAAAUGUACCGUUGUGCCACUGAAGUAUAAAUCUGGACACGCGCUUGAUAUUCAAUUCGUUCGUACUUAUCAACUUGAUGUGAAAAAUACUAGUGCGGCUAUACCCAAAUUCGUAGAUCCAUACCCUUUAAAUAAGACGGCUGUUAUCAAUGACCAAGUGGUGUUUCAGUGUCGGGUGCAAAGUGAAGAGCAUCCCACCAUAAAGUGGUUUCGCCGCACACCAGCUUCUCUUCCCAAUGAUUUGGAAAAUAUGGCUAUCAAUAGUAAUAAUCUUAAUGCGCACAUUGUCCAUUACAACGGACAUAUCUAUGAGCUGUUGCAUACGGCUGGUGAAAAAUACAUAGGAGAAGAUAUGUUUCUAAGCAAAUUGAUAUUAAAUGGAGUGAGUCUGAGGGAUGCGGGUUACUAUGCAUGUGCCGCUAUUACUUUUCAUGGUUAUAAAAUUAGAGAAGCAUUCUUAGAAGUUCAUCGUCAAGGAUAUGUAGAAGACUACAGCGCUAACGGGGAAGCAUACACCGAUCCGAGUGAAUUCUGGUUACUAUUUUUAAUGCCUGUGGGGUUAGCAAUGCCCCCGCUGAUAUUUUGGCUAAGCUAUUUGAUUUAUAAACGGUACACCACGCAUACGGAGAUUCAAAGAAACUCGCAAACUUAUUCCGAAGACUUCAUAGAAGACGAUAACUGUGUGCUGAGAGCGUAGUAGUGCGAAUAAAGUGUUAAAACUCAUAGUUUAUAUGUUGUAUUCAAUGAAAAGUAAUUAAAAAUAAGACAAAUACGCUUAUUAAUUUAAUUGAAGUAUACAUACAUACAUAUAUAUAAAUCAAUAUGAAUAUCAACUAAAUUAGGUAUUCAAGCUCAUUCCUGAUAUAGAUUGUAAUUAUUGUAAAUAAUUCGCGAAAUAAUUAAGAACAUUGCCAUACUAUAUACAUUUAUUAUAUAUAUGUACAUAUGUAUAUAAAUUCAUGAUUGUA